GUUCAAUACUUCCACUUUUUAGUUUUCAAGGAGAGGAUCUCCCGCGAAACUGCCAUAUUCGAAGACUGCCGUUGCAUAUAACUGAUCGAAGAGUCGAGAUAAUUGGCGGAGAAGAUAUCUAGGGUUUUACCGUUUAUAAUUUUCCGGCUCUCCUUCUGCUAAUCGAUAGUGGAUAGCCCUAGCAGUAGCAGCUCAAUUCUCAAUUCUGUAUCUCUCUUUUAAAAUUGGAUGAUCGAUGGGGCGUUCUCGCGUUCCCAGUUCUGCAGACGAAGAUCCCAGCCAAAGAACGAAGAGAAAGAGGAAUGCUUCAAGUGGAGACAAUUUAGAAUCUGGAGCAUCAGAUCAGGGAUCAAAUGAGGGGAAGAGAGCUUUAUACCACUGCAACUAUUGCAAUAAAGAUAUUUCUGGGAAGAUUCGCAUUAAAUGUGCCAAAUGCCCGGAUUUUGACUUAUGUGUGGAGUGCUUUUCUGUUGGAGCUGAGGUUACACCUCACAAAAGCAAUCACCCUUACAGGGUUAUGGACAAUUUGUCUUUCCCCCUUAUUUGUCCAGAUUGGAAUGCAGAUGAAGAGAUAUUGCUGCUAGAGGGAAUUGAGAUGUAUGGAAUGGGUAACUGGGCUGAAAUUGCGGAACAUGUUGGUACAAAGAUCAAAGCACAGUGUAUUGAUCACUAUACAACAAUAUACAUGAAUUCACCAUGCUUUCCUCUGCCGGAUAUGUCUCAUGUUGUUGGAAAGAACAGAAAGGAGCUUCUUGCUAUGGCUAAAGGGCAUGCCGAGGGGAAGAAAGGAUUUCCUAUGUUUGGGGACCUUACACUGAAGGAAGAGUCUCCUUUCUCCCCUUCAAGAGUCAAGAUUGAAGAUUUGAGUAAAGAAGCUCCAGCAGGUCGUUCCCCAUCUAGCUUAAGUGCAGAUGUGGAUUCUGGAGUUGGUUCUGGCAACACAAAUCUGAUGGCAACAAGUUCUGUUAAGAAGGCAUCAAACAUGGCCAAGGUUAAAGAUGGUCCUGAUUCCGUUAAAGUGGAAGAUUGUCAAGUAGAUAGGAGUGUUGGAGGACAGAAACCUAAAUCUUUGAGUGAUGAAGGGCCUUCUAUGACUGAGUUGAGUGGAUAUAACCCAAAGAGGCAGGAGUUUGAUCCUGAAUAUGAUAAUGAUGCUGAACAAUCAUUGGCAGAGAUGGAAUUCAAAGAAACUGACACUGAAGCUGAGCGUGAAUUGAAGCUGAGAGUGUUGCGUAUUUAUUUAAAAAGGCUUGACGAGAGGAAGUGUAGGAAGGAUUUCAUAUUAGAAAGGAACUUACUUUUUCCUAAUCCUCUGGAGAAGGAACUUUCAUAUGAGGAAAGGGAGAUAUAUCAGCGCUACAAGGUCUUCAUGCGUUUUCAUUCUAAAGAAGAACACGAGCAGUUGAUUAGGACUAUUAUUGAAGAACAUCGGAUUCAAAAACGAAUUAGAGAUCUUCAGGAAGCCCGAGCUGCUGGCUGCAGACUUUCAGCUGAAGCUGAUAGAUAUAUUGAACAGAAAAGGAAGAAGGAAACUGAAGAAAAUGCCCGUAAGGUGAAGGAAAGCACUCAGUCUGGUCCAAGUGGUAAAGUACUUCAAAGGAUAAAUCGCCCCAAAGGAGAACCUGAUGGCAGCCCUCGGGGUGGUGUAAAGGGAUCCUUGGGUUUGGAUUCAAGUGGUAAAGAUUCAUCUUCUACAGCUGUGAAACAGGCUACUGCAUGCGCUCUGGAUGAUUGGGAUAUUACGGGGUAUCCUGGGACAGAUCUACUUUCUGAAACUGAACAACAGCUUUGCCGAGAGUUGAAGUUACUCCCUCCUCACUACCUUAGUAUGCAACAGACAAUGUCAGUCGAGAUUUUAAUAGGAAAUAUCACCAGGAAAUCUGAUGCGUAUCGGUUCUUUAAGGUUGAACCAAGCAAAGUGGAUAGAGUUUACGACAUGCUUGUUAAAAAGGGUAUUGCUCAACCAUGAGGUCAAUGAAAAUUCUUUAAUUCUUCGGAUUGUAAAAU